GCUUAGCAAGUCAUAUAUUUCCGAGUUACGUAGUUGCGACUAGUACGGGAACGCGGCAUAAGAGUAAUAUAUCCAAGUAGACCGGACGAGGAAGUCUGACGUUUUACCCCUACGGUUUACGGUCUUCACAUUUGUGUACAUUCACGUCAGUCAUUUCAACACGAAGCUAAAUGCUAGGCUAAGUGUGCUAGAUAGAAGGCGAAUGGUGGUUUGGCGCAGGUAGAACAUUCGUGCCCACUGAGUUUGCAUUUUAAACCGCAGUUAGUCCUGGCCCGACCGUACGAGGAAGUUUCCAUUCUCUCGUAUCUGUCUGUGAUGUACGGAUGGGUAGUUGACGGACUAUCGUCGCUUUUCGAGCCUAUAACCGGGCAAAAACAUUCCGGUUGGCCUGGUUUGAACGUUGGCGGGGAGAGAGACUCGCAACGGCAGGAUAGCAACGCCAGGCCAACCAAAAGGAACUACCAGAGCGUUCAUGUUUCAGGAAAUGUUAGCCAGAGUGAACCAGUGGCGAUCAAGAGACGGAGAAAAGACAUCAUUAGUUUUGUGAAGAAGACUGUAGCAGGGGUGGCUGGGCUGCUGAGACUGAGGGACCCACUGUCUCCUGCCAGUGAGAGAAACAGAAGGUACACAGCAAGCCAGAGCCCCGUGGGCCUGAUGGGAAUAGAUGAACUCCACACCUCAUGGAUGAGCAGCUCUGACUGGAAAAUGGAGAAACCAACAGUAGGAGGACAGAGGGAGAGGGGGGGGCUGGGCCUCCUCCAGGGAGCCUCUCCCCCUCUGAGAAAACACAGUGGCUCAGUGCUGGGGCCAGGGAACCCAGACAGAGGGAGAGACGGAGACGAACCCCAGAGACGCUCCCUCCAGCUCCUGCCCAGUCGGCCUACCCUGGGGGUGGGGGUUGGGACAGGACCCCCCAGCUCAGACCUGCUCCCGCCCACCCCUAACCGCACCCACAGACAGUGCUUGGCAGUGGAGGAGGCUCUGAAGGAGAGUGAUAAGGAGCACUACAGACGGCUUCUGGAGAUGGUGUCCGAUAAAUACAGCAAGAGCCAACCGCUGCCCUUCACCCGCACCAAACCCCAGGGGGCAACAUUUACACAGGAUGGACAUAGAAUGGCCAUUUUGGGAAGAACCUAUGAGUCUGUGACCCCAAAGACAGGACCUCUUAGAGCCAACCCCAGUGUGUAUAUGUGGAGAGAUACAUCCUCAGCCAAACAAACCAGAGACAUGAGAGGAGAGUUGUGGCUCAGUAAGCCUCUCAGCGCAGCUGUGGAUACACAACCUGCCAGUAAUGCAACGCAGAAGCAGCCAGAGCUGGAUCUCUCUGCAGAGGUGGCAGCAAGACUCAACCUGGUUGACAGAGAGAAGCCAACACACACUGACACACUCAACAGUGCUGAGGAGCUCCCCAGGUUCAGCAAGGAGAUGGCUGUGGAGGUGGGUCGUGCCCUGGCCCAGAGGGAUCCUAACCUGGUCCUGAGCUCAGCCUUCAAGCUAUGCAUCACACAGAGAGAUUUGGCCUCUCUACAGGAAGGGAGCUGGCUCAACGAUGAGGUGUUUGGUUGUUGGCUGUUAAGUUUGAGGUUGCUGGUGUGUGUGUGUGUGUGUCUAACAAAAAAACUCUCCCUCUCUGUCUCUCAGGUGAUUAACUUCUACCUGUCCCUAGUAAUGAUUCAUAGCAGUAGUGCGGGGCAAGGGCUGAAGGUCUACUCCUUCAGUACUUUCUUCUUCCCCAAACUACAUGGAGGGGGGCACUCCGCCGUGAAGCGAUGGACCAAAGCUGUGGACCUCUUCCAGUAUGACAUCAUCCUGGUUCCGCUGCACCUGGGAGUCCACUGGUCACUGGCUGUGAUAAACUUUAACUCCAGGACCGUGAGGUCCUAUGACUCUAUGGGACAGAGACAUGACGACAUCUGCAGCCUCUUACUGCUGUACCUGAGAGAGGAGCACAAGGCCAGGAAGAACCAAGAUCUGGACGCGUGCAAGUGGACAGUGGGCAGCUUGAGGGCCAGCGAGAUCCCUCAACAGAAGAAUGGCAGUGAUUGUGGAGUGUUUGCCUGUAAAUAUGCGGACUAUAUCGCCCAGGGGCGGCCUCUCAACUUCCGACAGUGUCACAUGCCCCUGUUCAGGAAGCUGAUGAUCUGGGAGAUUCUCAACCAGAGGCUUCUGUAGGACUACAUAAAGACAUUUCAGCUGCAGAACAUCCAUUACAACAGAAAUUGCUAACAAACAACGACAUCAGACAUGACUACUACACAGCUUCCAAACUACAACAGGAAGGACAACUAAGAAGCACAAAAGCAAUAAAUGAAAAAGACUUAAAGGACCAAAGCUAUGGACCACAGAAGGACCUCUUACCCUCUGUCAGUGGGUAGAAGUGCAGUCCUGGUAGUGAAGACAGGGUGGGUGCUCUCUGAAGAAUAGAGGUUACAAAGGAAUGGUUUGGAAUUGAUUGUGUGUUCAGAUACAUCCUGAAGUGCCUUGGACUCCAGAGAGGUUCUCUGUCAUACUUCUAGAAAACACUAGAUGGGGAAGCAGUUACACACUUAAAUCCCUGCUGUUGUAGAUGCUAUCUUAAACUUGGAACAAGCUUUCUGUGUGAAACCAGAGUGUUUUGUAAAUGUUUUGUGUGUGUGUAUAUAUGUCUAUAUUAGGUACUUUAUUUUUAUGACUAGUAGAAAGUGGAGUGACAACUGAGGCAUAUGUUAUGAGUGUUAUUGAAUGUCUUAAUUUAUGGUUGAAUCGUCAUCGAAGGCAGACACAAGAAGGCUGCAUGUGUGCGUUUAUUUAUGUAAAUAGAUAUUUUUUGACAAAUGUUUUGGUGUGCGUAGCUGAGUUUAGCUGCUUUCAUUUUGGCUGGACUGGAAAAGAGACCGGAGUGUGAGGUGUGCCAUCUCUAGAAGAGCAGGACCCCAUCUUAAUCCCUCACCACCACUAACAGAUGGGGACAAAUCAUUUAAAUCCUGAAUGUGUAACAAUAGUUUAUUUAUUUGAUGCGGAAGGCUUUUCUUUUAUGGCAUGUAUAUAAUUCAAUCCAGCAGUAACAGCAUCCGUGUAGACGGUUUUGCCAUGAACUUUAUAGCAGUUCUAUUGGAUUGUAUGAGUUUUCAUUAAAGGCAUGUAGAGAAGAAUUUCUAAUGAGUCUGUACUGCUUUAGCUUGGGUUGGCCUCCGAAAUUGCUCCCUAUGACUCAGUGGUGCAUUAUAUAGGGUUCCAUUUCCAAUUGGCCCUUGGCCAAAAAUCUGUAUGUGCUUUAGCUUACUCCCCUGUGGUGUUCAGUGUGAUGGUAACCCUGUAGCUAACAUGUAUGGGACGGUAAAAGAAGUUGGCUAAAGCGCGUACAGAUCUGGGACCAGGCUAGUACUGCUUAUGCACUGGUCAUUACACUGCGUAUUACAUUGUGCAUUUCUGCUGCUAUUAUUUAUGUGUGCAUAGAGCCGUGCUGACAACCUCAGUCAUAUUUUUGUAUGUAAUAAAGAUCAGAAGGAAAGAAA